AACCACCCACUUCUUCCCGCCGAUCAUUAUCAUUUCAAUAGUUAGUAUACCUAUACUCAUAGAAGUCUACCUCCUCCCAAGAACUCUAUUACAUGUCUACAACUGGUCUCUACUUUUCUUGACCGUCAUGAGACGAUCCCCAUCUAUGGUGCGCGUGCUCCGGGGAGAAUGGCCCUGAAGCGUCAUGACAUCGUCCUCCUGGGCACUGGUGCAUUCGUUGCUUGGGGUUUAGCUGUUCGCUGCUUGCCAGUGCUGCGAUAUCUUGGGUAUGCUGUCACACUAGGCGCUCUACUUUCAUCGCUCGCUUUCUUUGGCAUUGUGCUCUUCACGAUACGAAAACCUCAUGGCGCACACGUCAGCCGUCCCCAAUGCUUGCCUGUCACUUUCCUUACUCCCUACCAUUGGCAAAACGAAACUCAGGAUUUAGAGAGGCGCUCCAUUUACAAACCUAUCUCUCUCUACCCACACUCCUUUGUGGUGUCGGAAGGGUUGGACGAGCUUCUGUCGUUGUUAACGCGAGAUUUUAUAGCGUCAUGGUACCGAAGUAUCAGCCCGAACCCAAUGUUUGUGAAUGAGGUAGACCGAGUAAUUCGAACAGCCGUCGGAAACCUACGCGAUAGGUUACUCGCAGAGGACCUUAUAUCUUUCAUAGUCUCCCGCAUAUUUCCCAUUCUCACCACACAUCUUAAGGAGUUCGACGUCGCAGAGCGAUCAGUGCGGGGACGAAAUUUGACACGAAAUGUCACCGAAUCCGAUGAACUGGAUAUUGCAAUUGCAAGCAAAUAUCGCGAUGGCCACAUACACCCGGCUGCAGCACUGUCACUUUCGGAUCAAAAGGCAGUUGAGCAGGAAUACCUUCGCAAAGUUGCAGUUGGAUUACUACCUCGGCUGUUUCCUGAAAACGUUUUAAGCAGUCGAAUAGUUUCCGUUUUGGUCAGGGAAAUACUAUCAUGCGCUAUACUAUUCCCUAUCGUAUCUACUCUGUCAGACCCUGAUACCUGGAACCAGUUGACGGAAGCUUAUGGACGUACGGCUCUCCAGGAUCGGAAAACGGUGCGCAAGCUCCGAGCGGCAUUAGACGAGCAUGCAUCGCCGGUGCCCAAGUCAAAACAUGGGAGUCCAUUCCCCCGGCUCUCGCCGCAUGAUUCAGAGAGGGCUUUUGAGCGUUUUGUUAGAGCCAUCCGGCGUUGUAGCAACCUUUCGGACGCUAGACGGUUUAGAGCUCUGGUUACAAGCCAGCUGAAACGGGAAACUAUGGUAGAAGGGCAAGAUCCUGUCUAUCUUCGGCGGUUGGAGACAGGGAAGAGGGUUCUUGAUCAAAAGGUGGCUAAGCUCUCAGCUCCGGCAAGUAGCUGCACAUCGCACGCCACCGCAGCUGCGACGCACUUCCGCCGACAGAUUUCCUCACCAGCCCAGGAAGCAUCAUUAGUGGACGUGAUGCAUGAUGCUGCUGGUCUUUCAUAUUUCAUGGAAUUCAUGGAUCGUCAACAGCUUAUGUUUCUCGUACAGUUCUGGAUUGUGGUUGAUGGCUUUCGCAACCCACUCGAGGAUGACUUUGGGGACGAGACCUCCCCAAGUUCCACAACCUGGACGGAAACAGAUAGGAAUGAUAUGGCCUUGAUCAGCGAGACGUAUCUCUCAAAACCCGAACUUAAAGUAACGGGCGAGCUGCGUCGAGCGGUGAAAACUUUCUUGAGCGCCGGAAAGCGAGCUACUCCGGAACAGUACCGCGAAGCUCGGACAGUAAUCUUAACUACUCAAUCUGCGGUAUUGGAGGACCUCCAAAAUGUAUACUACCCUAAGUUCAAACAGUCUGAUUUAUAUUACAAAUAUCUAGCGUCAGAUGAGACAUCCCAGUUUGAAUCCCGUACGGCGGCUGUGCCCCACGAGGAUGUCUCCCCCACCAUGAAGGUAUCUGAAAGACGCCCACUGCCUCCAUUGAUGGGCCGCACAGCCUCCCAUCCAGGUCCUAAAUCAAAGGACCUGCGAAGGGCCGCUAUUUCCUCAAGUGAUGUACGCUCUAUGGGGAAAGUAUUAAACGAUGACGAGUCACCGAGACGUUCUCUGGAUUCCGAGAGGUCAGCCCCGUUAUUCGAUGACGACUAUGAUACAGACCCUCUUGCUAUGUCCACACAAAGCCUUGGCCGAGAGUCGCAGAAUGGCGAGAAUGAGGCGAAUCGGAAUCAAGUGAUUGAAACGAUGGAGGCUGCGUUGAACGAUAUCAUUACCAACGAGCCGAAAAACAACAGACUAGAUGAACUCAAGAGUAAUGAUUCGCCAUCCAGGUUGUCCAGCAAUGAACGAUAUCCACAAUCACCGCGUAGCUCUGCGGAAUCCACGCGAGCGGACGACAAGGUCAAGCCGAACAUCGCUUCUCUAGGGUUGGUGGACCAGUCUUCCCGACUCGGUGUCUUUGCCGAUGAUCUCUUUCCUGACCCACAUAAAUUCAUUGAGGACGAAUACGAAGAACAUGCCGAUAUAGAUGACAAAGAUCCAGCAGAUGAAGUCCAUGAAGCCGCUCCUGGAGAUCUUGGCUUGACGGAAGCAAUUGAAGCACUCACGGCAGAGAUAGAGAAACUUGGAUCUCAGGAGUCAGUGGUGGAUGCCUUAACGCGAAAAGCUGAGCUCACAAACAAUACUGCCGAGUUGAGGAUUCUGCGGAAGUCAAAAGCUAGCAUUCAGCGCGAAAUCCGUCGCAAGGAGAUGCAACGGCAACAAUACAUGAUCCAAGAAAGCGACAACAGCUUGUAUGGACGGUCAACUGUUCGAAUUAAGUCCAUUGUUGUAGGUAAAGAAGAGGAUGGCCGAGAAUUUGCAAUGUAUGUGGUCGAAGUGCAAAGGAAUGCCGGAGAGCAAAUGCCAGCGGCAUCCUGGGUUGUUGCUCGCAGAUAUAGCGAAUUUCACGAACUUCACCAUAAGCUACGCAUGCGGUAUCCAUCGGUGCGGCACUUGGAGUUCCCGCGACGGCGUAUGGUCAUGAAGCUGCAAAGAGAGUUUUUGCAAAAGCGGCGCUUAGCGCUGGAGGCGUAUUUACAGAAAUUGCUGCUCCUACCAGAAGUCUGCCGCAGCCGUGACCUACGAGCAUUCCUCUCCCAGCGAGCCAUCAUUCCACCCGACGAAUCCCCUCGUGAUGGAGAGACUAAAGAUCUGGUGACCCGGAUCUAUAAUUCGGUUGCUGACGGUAUGGAUGACUUCCUAGGUAACUUUGGUGUACUCGAUCAGCUCUCGACGGCCGGACAGAAUCUCAUCUCAGCGGCGACCAGCCAGCAAGGUAGCACUGCGCCUGACUCAGGGCUAGUGACUGAGGGUGCGGUGACUACAGCUGAAGCCGAGGCGGAAUUGAAUGCAUUUGAGGACCGAGAGCUGGAACCAUUUAUCAAGCCGAUCUGCGAUCUGUUCCUAGAAACGUUCGAAUUAAACAAAGGCAAUAACUGGCUUCGGGGCCGUGCAGUUGUCGUUGUUCUCCAUCAGUUGCUAGGCGGAACCAUCGAACGUAAGGUCCGCGACGGUGCACGAUCAUUAGCCCAGGACGAGUCAUUACUUCGGUACAUUAGCGUAGCCAAGGAGACUCUGUGGCCAGGUGGCAGCCUACGUGAAAGUAAGAUCAGAACAGCUUCAGAGCGGCUGAAGAGUCGCAGGGAAGCCAGUCUAGUACUAGCCACCUUGAUCCCGGAUAUGGCGGGCAAUGUCGUUGGGCGGGCUAAUGCGCAAGGAGCAGCGCGGAGGAUAUUUGCAACGUUGAACAACCGGCGGCUUAACACACACUUAAUGUAUACUAUCUUGGAUGAAAUUAUUCUGGUAUUGUUUGGUGGUGGGGAAACGGGGCGGAUACGAUAGAAGCAUCUGUGCCUGAUUCCUGGAUAGAUAUGGGGUAGACUCUCUUUCUCCCCCCCUUAUUGUGGCUGGGG